AUGGCUUCCAAUGGCCCUUUUCCAGCGAAUCUCCCAGUUCUCACUGGCAAGAACUUCAGCAAGUGGCAAGUUCAGAUGAAAGCCUUGUUUGGCUUCCAAGAUUUAACUGAUAUUGUUGAAAAUGGUGUAGAAGUUCCAAGAGACAAUGCUCCUGAUGCACAAAAGGUAGGAUUCAAAGAAUUAAAGAAGCGGGAUUGCAAAGCAUUGGUGAUUCUUCAUCAGUGUGUUGAUGAUAUCCACUUUGAGAAGAUUGCAGGUGCAACUACUACAAAAGAAGCCUGGGACAUGUUGAACAAAGCCUAUGCUGGUGCAAAAAAAGUCAAGAAAGUGCGCUUACAAACCAUGAAGAGACAGUUUGAACUGCUGCAGAUGGAAGAGAAUGAAGGUAUUGGAGAUUUCUUUGGUAGAUUACAAGUUCUUACUAAUUCAAUGAAAGGUUGUGGUGAGAAAUUCACUGAUCUAAUACUGAUUGAAAAAGUAUUAAGAUCAUUGAAUCUAAAAUUCGACCACAUUGUGGUUGCUAUUGAGGAAUCAAAGGAUUUGAAAUCCAUGAGCAUUGAUGAAUUACAAGGUUCCCUCAAAGCCCAUGAGCAAAGAUUGCAAGAAAGGAAUAAUUGUAAUACACAGCCUGUUGAAACAGCUCUUCAAGCUCAACAAAACCCGAAGAACUCUGGAAAUGAAUCAUCCAGAGGAAAGAGAGGCAGAUUCAAGAACUCAAGAGGAAAAGGCAACCAUGGAUCAAGAGAGCACUCAGAUUAG